GUGUGGAAAAGUGAGAAAUGUUAUGCGUGUACAAACUAUUGUACUUACUAUUGACUGUAAAACAUUAAUCCCCCAAUAAAAAAAAAAAGUACUGAUGUCUGAAAGGUUUGUCUCAAGCUUGCCCUUCCUGUAACUGAGACUUCUCUAACCUCUAUCUGCUGAUCCAAUCUGCUAUCUUUGUUCAGGGUGUGGCUUUUAAUUUGAGCUGUGCUUCUCAAGACUCCACAACAUCGUCAUCUAUGCAAUUGGAACUAUGGGGUGGUUCUUAGCAGGUUCAGCUCAGUGGAGAAAUGCUUGGUCUACAGAUAUGCUCUUACGAGAAGGCACCAGCUAACCAGAUCUCAGAGUCACACCAGCAUCUCACCACCUCUCACUGUGGAAACCAUUUCCCCAACAAGUUGGUAACAAAACCAUUCUUGCAAGUAGUCUGAACCCCUGUGGCAACUGAGUGCUUUCCUGGCUUAUGCACCUCACAGCAUGAUACCAACACUAUAAUUAAAAACACCCCCCUCAUACUCCCCAACUUUCCAUCUUCUAAUGCCCCAAUGCUGCUUAUAAAGAGAAGACUUGGGUUAGACCCAUCCCCCAACCCCACUCAAGGAGGCAGCAGUUGCAUGUGGCCAAGUCCCAACUGUACUUGGUCACCACUUGAGCUCACUGCCAUUCAAUAUCAUGAAGAUCACUGUGGCUGCCCUUGCUCUCCUGCUUCUCAAUAAGACCUUUUCUCAGACCUGUGCUGCCUCAUUUGGUGCUGAUACCCCAACGGCCUGCUGCUUCUCCUAUAUCUCCCGGCAGAUCCCGCGCAAGUUUGUGGAUGACUAUUAUGAGACCAGCAGUCACUGCUCCAAGCCAGGUGUCAUCUUCCAAACCAAAAGAGGCCGGCAGAUCUGUGCCAACCCCAGUGAGUCCUGGGUCCAGAAAUAUGUCACUGACCUGGAACUGAAUUCUGGACUGACUUGGAAGUAGCAAGAAAGGUGCUGCAUCUGUUGGCAGAUUGGGGAGCAGUCACUUCAGCCAGGGCAGUAGCUCGGGAAUCUGGAGGAGCACUUUUGCCUGUGGGUCACACCCAGCUCUCUGGGACAUACUUUAACGUUAACUUUAGUUUAUUCAUCUUAUUUAGCAUUUUAUUGUUGAAUUGUGUGGAUAAAAUGCAUAUUUUCUAUGCAAUUCCUUUCACCAUCUCCUCUCCUCUUCCUCCUCCUCCUCCUCCUUUUUCUAUUCUCCUCACACUCAGUAUGUAGACCAGUUAGUGUGAUGAGCUCUCUUCUGGCAGAAACUGUAUCAUAUGUAUCAAACAAGUGCUUAUUGAAUGUCUUCUCCCAGCACUGAAUUUCAAAAUAUAGCAUUUUCCUUGUGAUGACUCUCAAUUUUGUCUUCCCAACUGGUCAGAAGCACAGCAUGAGAGGAGUAUCGUGGGGAGAGUAGGACAAUAUGAAAAGAUGCCAGAAACCAUAAGAUGGAGGCCUGGUAUAGUGAAUGACAUAGAUAUUUCCUGGUGACUAACUCUCAGUCUUUGAAAUGGGUAUAUUAUUAAAUUUUUUGAUGGAAUUUCAUAAAAAGCAUUUUAAUGGGAUUUAUGGUUUCCAGUAGAUACAGCUGUUGGUACGUGUGUAAAAUUUCUCAGUUUUCUGCAAAACAUUCUCAGCCCCAGUCUAGGACCUCCUCUACCAUCAUGCACCAGGACCUGAAAGCUCCCCCAACCCCUUUACUUUGGUCCAAUAGGAUGUAAUAUUUUAUAACAAAGUCUUAAGUUAAUUUUUUUUAAUUCUAGGAGACUUUAAAAAAAUAUUUAUUUGUUUUCCCUUUUGUUGCCCUUGGUGUUUUUUUUUUUUUUUAUUGUUGUUGUUACUGAUGUCAUCAUUGUUGGAUAGGACAGAGAGAAAUGGAGAGAGGAGGGGAAGACAGAGAGGGGGAGAGAAAGACAGACACCUGCAGACCUACUUCACCUCCUGUGAAGCGACUCCCCUGCAGGUGGGGAGCCGGGGGCUUGAACCGGGAUUCUUACACCGCUCCUUGCGCUUCGCGCCGUGUGCUCUUAACCGCUGCGCUACCGCCUGACUCCCUAGGAAAAUUUUUUUUUCUUUCUUUCUUUCUUUUUUUUUUUUCCUCCAGGGUUAUUGCUGGGCUUGGUGCCUGCACCAUGAAUCCACCGCUCUUGGAGGCCAUUUUUUCCCCCUUUUGUUGCCCUUGUUGUUGUAGCCUCGUUGUGGUUAUUAUUAUUGCCAUUGUUGAUGUUGUUCGUUGUUGGAUAGGACAGAGAGAAAUGGAGAGAGGAGGGGAAGACAGAGAGGGGGAGAGAAAGAUAGACACCUGCAGACCUGCUUCACCGCCUGUGAAGCGACUCCCUUGCAGGUAGGGAGCCGGGGCUCGAACCGGGAUCCUUAGUCCGGAAAAUUUUUUAUUUGAGGGAAUACUAAGGUGAUAUGUACUGUGAUAUGUAUUUAUGCAUAUAAAUUCAUUUAAAAAGUUUUCCUGAGAAUUAUGACUAAUAUUUACUGAGGGCUUACACAAUGAUAGGUUCUGUGCUCAGCAGUUUAAAUAGGACAGCCUAGUAAAACCCAAACAAAAGCCAAGCAGGCCCUACCUGACAGUGAGCCAAGAGCCAUAUUCAGCGUCUCUGUUAUCCUUUACUUUCUGGGAGAAGUUUUAAAAAUGUUUAUUUAUUUAAUGAAAGAGAUAGCUAGACAAACAGAUAGAUAGAUAGCCUGACUGACCAGAACACUGCUCAGCUCUUGUGUAUGUUAGGUUGGGACUGAAUCUGGGACUCAAGAGCCUCAGUCAUGAAAGCCUUUUGCAUAGCAAUUAUAUUGUUUCUCCAGCCCAAAAAUAUUCUUCAUAUCCUUACUUGAGGUG